AAGACGGUGUCUCAGAUUUGUUGCAACGGACUGGUAUGAUGUGUCAUGUUUACAGGAGGCGAAGGGUGAAGACCAACUAACCAACAGAACAAACAGAUUGAUCAUCAUGACUGGAUUUUACAGGAGUUGCAUAUGUUCACACUGACUAUCCACUGACCUCAGUCUGGGACACAGAACUGAUAAGUGUCCAUCUGUUUCAAUUUAUUUACAGUAGUGAUACUAACAAGACACUCAUCAUGGGUUGUUGCCAAAGCAAGGACAAAAAUAGUGCUUCCAACAUUCAGUUCUCCGACAUAAACAGUAAAGGAGCAGAGGAGUCAACUGGAUCUACAGAGAAAAAGCGAGAACGUUAUACAGAGGAUCCAACAAAAAGUACGGGACGACAAAACAGUGAACCAGCAGCCUCAACAGCCCACAAAGGCCAGCUGCGAGCCCUGUAUGACUAUGAUGCCCGUGCAGAGGAUGACCUCAGCUUUAAGAAGGGUGAUCUACUCUUCCUUAUUGAUGACAGUGAUGCUGACUGGUGGCUAGCAAGACACACUGAUUCUAAAUAUAGUAACCAGGAUGGAGGUUACAUACCCCGUAACUAUGUGGCAAAAGAAGAUACUUUGGAUGCAUAUGACUGGUUCAUGGGUAGUCUGUCUAGGAAGGAGAGUGAACGACUCUUACUGGGGCACGGCACAGAGCCUGGAACCUUUUUAAUCAGAGAAAGUGAAACAUGUCCAGGUAACUAUGUGUUGUCUGUGCAUGACCAUGAGUCCACAAAAGGGGACACUGUCAAACACUACAAAAUUCGUAACAUGGACGAAAACAAAGGCUACUACAUUGCAGCACGAAGAGUACUGGACAGUUUGCCAGAACUUAUACACCAUUACUCAGAAGGAGCAGAUGGACUGUGUCGGAUGCUCACAAAACCGUGUCCUAAGCCAAAGCCUGUUAUGGAUGACUUAUCACGUGAAACAAAGGAUGCUUGGGAGAUAAAUAGAGACACAUUGGAGUUUACCAAGAAACUUGGGGCAGGACAGUUUGGAGAAGUCUGGAGAGGAACUUGGAACAAGACCACAGAGGUUGCUAUUAAGACACUGAAGGAAGGAUCCAUGACUGUAACUGCCUUCUUAGCUGAGGCUCACAUUAUGAAGCAGUGCAAGCAUGAUAAGCUGGUGCGUCUGUAUGCUGUGUGUUCAGAACAAGAGCCGAUCUACAUCAUCACUGAGCUCAUGUCUCACGGCAGUUUACUUGACUACCUGCGAGAUGAUGAACGAAUGCAAGUCAAGUUUCCCCAGCUUGUCGACAUAGCAGCACAGGUAGCCAGUGGAAUGGCAUUUUUAGAAGAAAAGAAAUUCAUCCAUCGAGACUUGGCAGCCAGGAACAUUUUAGUGGGUGACAAUAAUCUUGCCAAAGUGGCAGAUUUUGGAUUGGCCAAAAUUAUAGAGGAUGACGAAUACAACCCCAAACAUGGUGCGAAGUUCCCUAUCAAAUGGACAGCUCCAGAGGCAGCCUUGUACGGUCGCUUCACAAUCAAAUCAGAUGUCUGGUCUUAUGGCAUCCUCCUGGUUGAAAUAGUGACACAUGGUCAGGUCCCAUACCCAGGAAUGCCAAACCGAGAGGUCCUGGAACAAGUAGAACGGGGUUACCGUAUGGCUAAGCCACGUAACUGCCCGGAUUCCAUGUACGAUAUUAUGAAAAAGUGCUGGGAUAAGGUCUCGAUGAACAGACCAACUUUUGAGUUCCUCUAUAAUUUCUUUGAUGAUUACUUUGUAGCAGUUGAGCCAAACUACAAGGAAUCUGAUGAAUUCUAAUGAUGGUCAGAGUUCGGCGAUUACAUGGGCAGAACAAUCAGACAUCUAAAAUGUCUGCAUGUAGGUUUACAUUCCAGUCUAUAAGGACAACAAUUCGAUGGACAGUUAUUUUACAAAUACAAGACAAUGAUUGACACUGAUUGCAAUGGCAGAUGGUCAACCAAAAAACUGACCAUUAACAAAUACGCACUUUAAUAAUGGACUCACUUAUAACAUGUUCUAAAGAUCAGCUAGACAGUUUUAUAAUACAGUAUUGGAUACUAUGAAGACUUUUAUCCAAUUUACAGAUGUUUCUGUACAGGUUCAGGAUUGUGCUAUUUUGGUAAGGAAUCUAAACCAAUUUGUCUGACACAUAUUCUGGGUGGAGGGGUCAUGAUAAGGUAAUCAAAGUCUCAAUGUCAAGUCCAUAUUGUAGGAAUGAUGAGAUUAUCACUCAAAUGGACACAAGUUGGAAUAUGGAAGUUUUAGUUUUAAACUUAAAGCAGUACACAUAUUCCUUCAAACAUAUUUUUGUGUAUAUAUGUGCUUCAGAUAUAUCACCAUUGCCUCAAUUUAGAAAUAGAAAAUCAAGUACAAUGUACUGCGUUAUGUUAACAAUGAUUUUUUGAUAUUGCUCCAGGCAGUGUGCUAAUAUUUAAUUCCACAGUGUUUUGAGGACUGAAGGACUGGUAAACUUAUGCCAUGAUGCAGCAUCUGCCAUCCUUGAUAUUUGUUCUAGAGUUUGCUUCUUGUCAUGAACAACUGAGUGGAUUUUGACCAAGUUUGGUCAGAAGUAUUCCUAGGGGAGGGGAACAAUUUUGAAUAAAAGGUUGGUCUCAGCUCCCUGAGCCCGAAGGGCAGGGCCAAAAAGGCGAAACUUUGGUAAUACUUAAAAAUCCUUCUGUAGGAUUCUAUCAAAAUUUGGCCUGAAUCAUCACUGAUUGAAGGGGAAUCAAUUUUGUAUAAAUGGUAGGUCUAACCUCCUGGGGCCUGAGGGGCAGGGCCCAAAAGUGGAAAUUUUGCAAUUCUUUAAAAUCCUUCUUCACCUGUAUUCUGUCCAAAUUUGGUCUGAAGCAUUGUUGAUUGAACAAGAAUCUCUUUUAUUUGUUAGGUCAUGGUCUCCAGUAGUUGGAGGGGAGGGGCCCAAUAGUGUAGAUAGAACUAAUUCUUUAAAAUCCUUUUACAUCUUGGUAAUAUUCUUAUGAAAGACAUUCAAGUGCUGUAGGGCACAAAUUGAAAUUGUUUUAGUUAAAUUACAAAUUAUGCAUGAUUAGAUUCAUUUCUGUGCCUUUUUUCAACUGUUCUUAUAAGACCAUAAUACAUCGCUUCGGGAUAAAUUUCAUCUUGUUGCAGAAGAAAAUUUUUGCUAUGGAUAUUUCAUGGUAGUUUCUUCAUCAAUGUUAUGUCAAGAAAUCAUCAGUGUUUUGUCAAGAAAUCAUCAGUGUUUUGUCAAGAAAUCAUCAGUGUUUUGUCAAGAAAUCAUCAGUGUUUUGUCAAGAAAUCAUCAGUGUUUUGUCAGGAAGUCAUCAGUGUUUUGUCAGGAAGUCAUCAGUGUUUUGUCAGAACGUCAUCAGAGAAAUUUUGUGCAUUGAUUCUAGAUAAAGUAAAAUCCUCACAGAUACCAAGACUGUAUGAGAUUGAUUUGAAUAUUUGACAAAAAAAUGUCAAAUGUCAAAGGCCAAAGGUCAAUUAAGAAAAGGACUAUAAAGUGAAUGCCGAGAGAACAAUGAUUUUAGAGUUAAUGGAUUGUACUUUACAUAUAUAUACGGACCACAGUUUUGAUAUAUGUAACAAGUAAGUACAUAUUUUUAUAUCGUUUUACAUAUUUUUAUAAUUUUUAGAACAUUAUUCAUCCAGUGUAUAUAAUGUAUAUUUCCUGUUUAUGUGUUGUUGUAGAAUUGUUUAGAACAGACUAACUCAUGCACAGCAUAUAUCAUCAAUAUCUCACCUGUAUUAAUAUAAAUUGUAUGUGUUCUGUAAACGUGCAACAAAUCCUACAGUAUAUUACUUUCCAUUAUUUUUAAAAUCAAAUGUGAAUCCAGAGGUUAGAUUGUGUGGAGAUGUACCAACAUUCAAGGGAUCUGACAGGGAGAUUGCCUCUUUUAAAUCUUUUUGGAAUUAAUCUAGCUAGGAAAACUGAAAAAUGUUGUACAAAAAUUGUUAUACUGCCACCAGUUGGCAAAGAACAUGGAAAAAUAUGAAUGUACCAAAAAAAACAAGAUGUUUACAUACAGAAUGAAGUACGAUAACGUAUGAUGAGGGAUGUGUAGGACUUGUAUAGAAUUCUGCAUAGGACUUGUAUAGAAUUCUUUAUAGGACUUGUAUAGAAUUCUGUAUUACGCUGUAAAGGACUUGUAUAGAAUUCUGUUUUACUCUGUAUAAGACUUGUAUAGAAUUCUGUAUUACUCUGUAUAAGACUUGUAUAGAAUUCUGUAUUACUCUGUAUAAGACUUGUAUAGAAUUCUGUAUUACUCUGUAUAAGACUUGUAUAGAAUUCUGUAUUACUCUGUAUAGGACUUGUAUAGAAUUCUGUAUAGGACUUGUAUAGAAUUCUGUAUUACGCUGUAAAGGACUUGUAUAGAAUUCUGUAUUACACUGUAUAGGACUUGUAUAGAAUUCUGUAUAGGACUUGUAUAGAAUUCUGUAUUACUCUGUGUAGGACUUGUAUAGAAUUCUGUAUAACUCUUUAACUACUUUUUGUUUUUUCUGGGUAGGAGACAAAGUCAUUAAAAUCUGUGAACAUCUAUGUUGUUGAUAAUAAUAUGCUGAAUCAAUGGCUGUGAUAAACUAAAGCACAAACAUUCCCUUUUUUUACGCGAAAAACAUCAUGGUAUUGGCAUGGGCAAAGCAUUGGGUCGAGGAGGUGGGGGGUGGGUUCUAGAGAUACACAGCUACACACUAAGUUCAAGCUAGUUGUUUAUUGCUGUGUUGAUAGAUGUUUUAAGCUUUAAAGCAUUAUCCCAAUAGUGUUGUUCUGAAGGAAAGAUAAUCUUUUAGAAAGAGAAAAAUGAAAAGAAUUUUUUGUCUUGAAGCGAUCAGAGAUCCUAGAAAUCCAGUAAUUUUAAUAUAUUGGAGAUUGUUGUAGGUAUUAUUAUAAUGGAGGUGAAACUUAAUAUCCAUAACUUUUUUCAUAGAUGUUUAUAUAUACAAACACAUGUAUUACAAAACCAUGUCCAUAUCCUAUGCCUGCAUGAUCUUUAUACAUUCCUAUAUCUGAUCAAAAGAAUUUGAUGAUUUUAAUGUAAUUUGGUGAAUUUUAAAUCAUUUGAUAAUUCUUAAAUGUAUUUAUUAAUUUUUAACCAAAUUUGGAAUCAAAAAAAUAUAUUUUACUUAACAAUGCUUAUCUGCUUUAACAUCACAACAUAUUUCAUGAGUUAUAUGUUUUAUCAAAGAAAAAAAAAUCAGAUUUAUACGAGAAAAAAAUAUGAAUUUUUUAUAAUUCUCUUUACUGAUGAAAAACAUGAAUAUAGAAACAAAAUCUGCUGGAACAGCAAGCAGACAAAGAGAUCAUUUUAUUCAGCUCUGACCUCUGCAUGUGCAAAGAUAGGUGGAACUGUAGUAUAAGAGAUUAAAACAUUAAUAUGGAGCGUGAUGUUCAAUGUCAUACCAAAUAAAAUGUGAAUGUAAUAGCAUAUUACAAAUUGUACAAAUGACCUUUUUUUAUCCAAUAAAGAAAAAAUGUUCAAAUA